AUGUAUUCAGCGGCAGAAGACCACCAGCCGCAGCCGCAGCCGCAGCCGCAGCCGUUACACGGGGCUCUGCCGCCUGCCUACGGGGUUGGUGGCCCCUCCAGUUCGUCUCCACACACAGCUGUUGUGUUUACCACCGCGUCUGUGGUGGUCCCGGCUCCGGCAGUGGGGCCUGGCCCGAGCCUCGUGCUGUGCCCCACGUGCGGCAGACACGUGCAGUCUGACGUCACGGUGAAGGCUAGCACCCGGACGCAUCUGAUUGCCAUCCUACUAUGCAUCGUCGGGUGUUGGCUUUGCUGUUGCAUUCCAUACUGUGUAGACAGCUGCCAAGCGAAGAAUCACUAUUGUCCAGACUGCAAGACAUUCCUCGGAACAUAUGAUUAAUAACCAGAGCGUUAGCUCGCGUGAGAAGUGCAUUAGUAAUGUAUCUUUUGCAAAUAUGUGACUGGAAACUAUCAAGGGAGUGUAUGACUGAGUUACUAAUUAUUACCGUACAGUUCAGUGGUUGGAUGCUGCUGGUUUUCAGUAGGAAAAUAUUCAACGAAUCAUUUUAAAACGACUUUUUUGUCUAAGUAAGGCAUUAGCGUAACAUGAUCUUAUCAACCUUUUUUAUUA